CCUCACACCUCGCUGCUCCCAUGUCUGUCUGGAAUUCAACAACAGCAUCCGUCAACAUCCACAACACCAAAUCCCCUCCUUCGUAUUCGACACUGAAUCCCCAGACAUACACACAUACCACAAGCGACACACAACCACCGCCAUGAAAGACCUCCUCCCCACCCUCCUAACCCUCGCUCUCGCCCUCCCCGCCACAACCUCCGCCGCCGCAAUCCACGCCCUCCGAGCAGAAUCCCAAUCCGACGGCUGCAGCAAAACACACGACUGGGCCGGUCAAACCAAGGAGUUCAAACUCACCAGCGAUGGCCGCGAGCGCAAUUAUCGUCUGCAUUUGCCCAAGAACUACAAGAACGGGCAGCGCGCGCCGCUGAUUAUCGCGUAUCACGGAUCGGGCGGUACGCCGGAGGACGUGGAACAGCAGAUGAGGUUUUCCGAGGCGGGGGUUAAUGCGGAUAUGGUUGUCGCGUAUCCCGCUGGUGUCAAUAAAAACUGGCAAGGCCCAACGUACGCCACAAAAGGCGUCUCGGACAAAAACUUCACAACCGACCUCAUCGCAUCGCUAACAUCCAACUACUGCAUCGAGCCCUCGUCCAUCUUCGCAGCAGGGCACUCCAACGGCGGGGGUUUCGUCGGCACGCUCGCAUGUUCCCCCGGCCACGGCGGGCAAUUCGCCGCAUUCGCCGCAAACAGCGGCGCCUUCUACACGGACGUCGACGGCGAUAAACGGUGCAGCCCCGCCAGCAAACUGACGCCGUUCCUCGAGAUCCACGGCACCAAGGACGACGUGAUUCCUUACGAGCCUACCAAAGAUGGCCGCGGCGGCCCGUUGCCCAAGAUCCCUGACCUCAUGGACCGCUGGGCCGUACGCAACGCCUGCGACCGCGAGAACAAGGACGUCAGCUCGCCGGCCGAGAACGUGCAGCAUAUAUCCUGGACGUGCGGUGCUGACAGCACAAAGGGCGCUGUGCAGCAUUAUCGCAUCGACGGGCAUGGACAUAGCUGGGCAGAGGCUAAGAGCGGCGUCGAUGGGACCAAAGUCUUCAUGGACUUCUUCAAGCAGAAUGCGAAGAAAUAG